UUUUGACAACACACUUUCGACAGAAACGUGUGUCGUAUUGAGAAAAACGUGGAGGGAAAAGAAAAACCUCUUAUUAAAACAUCAUUAUAAGUGGAGAAAAUAAUGUCAAGAAUCGUUGGGACUAGUCAGCAGUCUCCUAAUUAUAGACUAGACUUUACAUUGAAAGGACACAUCAAUGCUGUAUCAUCCAUAAAAUUUAGUCCUUGUGGUGAAUGGCUGGCAAGUUCAUCAUAUGACAAAACUGUCAAGAUAUGGAGUGUUAAUGAGGGAAUUUUAGAAAAGAAUCUUUUAGGACAUAAAUUGGGAAUAUCAGAUAUUGCUUGGUCAAAUGACAGUCAUCUCUUGGUCAGUGCUUCAGACGACAAAAGUCUUAUAAUCUGGGAUACUGCUUCUGCAAAAAUUCUGCAAUCUCUAAAGGGACAUGAAAAUGUUGUCUUCUGUACUAAUUUUGAUCCCAAAUCAAGUUACAUAAUUUCAGGCUCGGAUGAUGAGUGUGUGAAAUUGUGGAAUGUUGAGACAGGGAAGUGUGUUAAAACCUUGCACACACAUGCAGACCGUGUCACAGCUGUUGAUUUUGAUUGGUCAGGAUCUAAAGCAUUAUCAUCCAGCAAUGACGGUUUAUGCCACAUUUAUGAUACAUCGACCUGGGAGUGUGUGCAGACAUUCUCUUGUGGUGAUGGAGCAUCUGUUUCAUUUGCAAAGUUUUCACCAAAUGGAAAAUAUGUAUUGACUGCAACUUUAGACAACACUCUAAAACUGUGGGACUUGAGCAAAAGCAAGUGUAUAAAAAUGUAUGUUGGUCACCAAAACAAAGUGUUUUCGAUGUUUGCAAAUUUUUCCGUGACAGGAGGAAAGUUCAUUGUGUCUGGAUCUGAAAAUGGACUGGUGUACAUUUGGAACAUUAACUCUCAAGAAAUUGUCCAAAAGUUAGAUGGUCAUACAGAUGUUGUUAUAUGUACUCAUUGUCACCCCUCAAGAAACAUAAUUGCAUCUGGAGCCCUUGAAGAAGAUAAAACAGUAAAGAUAUGGAAAAGUUGACCUAUGAUUGUGGGUUAGCCCACAUUCUCAUAUCUUUAUGUAAAAACUUGUAUAUAUAAUAAUCGCCUUGUACAUGAGCUUAUUUUUUUGCAAAAUA